GUGGCCUCCGAGUUUUGCCUGAAGCCUCACGCCUGUCUGUGACAGUUGCUGGCUGUCGCACAGCGUAAGCCCGAGGCCAUUCAAACUAAGUAGCUGUCCGGUGAUUUAAUUUAGGACCAACUCGCACCUCUCGGGCACAGUUGGCUUCAACACGACGCUCGCAGUUCACCGUAAACGGCCGACAGAGGGACGCAGCAAGCAUGUCCAAAGACACGGAAAGAAAGAGCGAGAAAAUCAUGGACGUGGAGAACAAGGUGUUGUGGUAUCCGGACUCCAAGAGGAACACACACAUGGAUACGUUUAGGACACAGGUCAACGCGAACUACGGACUUAAUCUGGUCAACUACAGUGACCUGUACCAGUGGUCGGUGGACAGCUACCCCGAGUUCUGGGCUGAGGUUUGGCGCUUCUGUGGAGUAGUCAGCUCCAAAUCAUAUGAAGAGGUGGUGGAUGCAUCUAAACAGAUCUCAGAUGUUCCAGAGUGGUUUAAAGGGGCUCGGCUCAACUACGCAGAGAACCUGCUCAAACAUGCAGACCAGGACAAGGUAGCGCUGUAUGCUGCAAGGGAGGCAAAGGAUGAGAUUGUGAAGGUGACGUUCGGGCAGCUGAGGCGUGAUGUGGCCCUGUUUGCAGCAGCCAUGAGGAGGAUGGGAGUCCGGACAGGAGACAGGGUCGUCGGCUACCUUCCCAACGGUGUCCAUGCAGUGGAGGCCAUGUUGGCGGCAGCCAGCAUCGGGGCCAUUUGGAGCUCCACGUCUGUUGACUUUGGAAUCAAUGGCGUUCUUGACCGGUUUUCUCAAAUCCAACCCAAACUGAUCUUCUCUGUUGCUGCGGUGGUUUACAAUGGCAAAACACACGACCAUAUGGAAAAGCUCAUCAACGUAGUUAAAGGUCUACCUGACCUUCAGAGAGUAGUAGUGAUUCCCUAUGCUCGCACCAAACAAGAGACAGACCUCUCAAAGAUUCCCAACAGUGUGUUUAUUGAUGACUUCUUGGCAUCUGGCCGUGGUGAGGCUGACCAGUUUCCUCAGCUGGAGUUUGAGCAGCUUCCCUUCAACCAUCCUCUGUUCAUCAUGUACUCGUCUGGAACCACGGGAGCUCCUAAAUGCAUGGUCCACUCUGCUGGGGGCACACUCAUCCAACACUUGAAGGAGCACGUUCUCCAUGGCAAUAUGAGCAGCAGUGAUGUCAUCAUUUAUUACACCACGACCGGCUGGAUGAUGUGGAACUGGCUGGUGUCCUCUCUGGCAGUGGGAGCCUCGGUGGUUUUAUAUGACGGUUCACCUCUAAUGCCCACGCCCAACGUACUGUGGGACCUGGCAGACCAGCUGGGCAUCACCAUCUUUGGUACCGGGGCCAAGUGGCUGUCGGUGCUGCAGGAGAGAAACCUGAAGCCCGCUGAAACACACAACCUCCAGUCUCUCCACACCAUCCUGUCCACGGGGUCUCCCCUCAAACCUCAGAGCUACGACUACGUCUAUCGCUGUAUCAAGAACAACGUGCUUCUAGGCUCCAUCUCAGGCGGCACCGACAUAGUGUCGUGUUUCAUGGGUCAGAACCCAAUGGUUCCAGUGCAUCGCGGCGAGAUCCAGACGAGAAACCUGGGAAUGGCCGUGGAGGCCUGGGGCCUGGACGGUAAGCCCGUAUGGGGAGAGAGUGGGGAGCUCGUCUGCCUGAAGCCAAUUCCCUGUCAACCAACGCACUUCUGGAAUGACGAGAACGGGAGCAAAUACCACAAAGCAUACUUUUCUACAUAUCCUGGUGUAUGGGCCCAUGGAGACUACUGUAAAAUUAGCCCAAAGACAGGAGGCAUCAUCAUGUUGGGCAGAAGUGACGGCACACUGAACCCCAACGGGGUCCGAUUUGGCAGCUCCGAGAUCUACAACAUUGUGGAGGCCUUUGAGGAAGUGACAGACAGUCUCUGCGUUCCUCAGUACAACGCUGACGGUGAAGAGCGAGUUAUUUUGUUCCUGAAGAUGGCACCGGGCAGGCCCUUCACUCCAGACUUGGUGGCGAGGAUUAAAGGAGCCAUUAGGAAAGCUCUGUCUGCUCGACAUGUCCCCGCUCUGAUACUGGAGACCAAAGACAUUCCCUACACCAUCAGCGGUAAGAAGGUGGAGGUGGCGGUCAAACAGGUGGUUGCUGGUCGGGAGGUGGCGCAACGAGGAGCCUUCUCCAACCCCGACUCACUGGACCUCUACAAGAACAUUCCUGAACUGCAGAACUUUUAGACACGAGGCCUCGUGGAGCCCAAGCGAGGCCCUGCGAGCAUGAACCAUGUGACAAGAAUUCUGCUUAGUUGUUCAACAAAUAAUAUAAAUAAUAUAUACUAGUAAGAUAAUAAUUGUAUAUACGGUAUCUAAUAACUGGGUGACGUGUGGCAGGUGAGAGACUUUCUGUACUGCUCCGAAGGCCAGCGUGCGUUUUGAUGUUCAGGCUAUUUGCGAAUGUUGAAUGUGGAAGAGGACUCAGCUUUGGGCGACAUAUGAUGCUCACUGCACCUCAUGCUGACAAGGAACGGGGAAUUGAGCAUUCAGCGCUUCGCUUUCGCUUCAGUCUGAUUGAUAUCAGCUCAGUAAAGACGCGUAUCUGUCUGUGUCACCUGCUGUAACCCGGCGUUGGUUCUGAGAGGAUCCCAUGGGAUAAAACAUCAGCCAACAUCAGCCCAAGCUGGGACACGUGUCAUAGUAAGAUGGUGUGUGUUGCUUUAUUAGUUGUACAUAUUAAUGAAUAUAUAAAUAUUUUUGGGACUGUGAAAUCGUAUUACUAUUCUCAUAAUGCUGGUAAAGACGUUGGCCUGAUCCUGGUAAAUACAGUGAUUCACACCUUUCAGUGCAUCUUAACCAGUCAGGAGAAGAAAUAGAGAUUCCAACAUUAGCCUCAACCUUAACAAUGUUUUUUAACUCAUUUGACUUUAUUGCAUUCUCUCAGUCCAGAUAUUAAUGCUCUCCUACAUGGUUUUGUCACAUUGGCCCAUUUUAUGAAGAAGUCAGCCAAGUGAGCAAAUGUUCAUUUCAAAAUGCCUGGAUUUAUUAGUUCCAUGUGAAUGUUUUCAUAACACUAGUAAAAUGGGUUCUUUUCACGUCACCUCUUUUCUACAGAACAUCAUUUCCUUGAGCCGUGUGACAAAGCCAGAGGGUUAAUUAACGUUAUUACAGAUGGAGGGCGGGGGUUGUGGUCACUAGUAGCCGUGCUGAGCAACAUGGGUACAAACAAAACAAUCCACUGAUCACGUGGGUUCAGUUACUGCGGGCUUCAUUUCAGAAUGUGAGUCCCACACAAAGGAGUCACAGUAAAAAGUCUGAGGCCGAGGGAAGUGUUUCGUUCCAAGGCUGCAUUUUACUUCCUGGACAUUUAGUCAUUUUUAAGCGUUUUUCUUUUUUGACUUUUGAUUCAUGGCUUCCUAUUUUAAACAUGUUUGAAAUGUGAAUGUAAACGAAAUAAUAAUUGGAAAACUCUCCUCGUUAAUGUGGGAGUUGCUGCUUCGAUUGAACAAUUGUCCCCUUCAAGGUCGCCCAUGGAGUGUUUCAUGUAGUAGAGCUGCUGUGUUUCCAGUAUCGUCAUGUGAUGGGACACCGACGCCUGCAGGUGGAAGUGAUUGACAGGUGGCAGCGCUGUGCAAAGUACUGUAGCAAAGCAAGAGUGCAAACCACACUCACUCUGCUUCUGUGGAGCGGAACCAACAGGACUCCACAGGUUCUCCUUAAAGUUCCAAGAUGUUCUCUUACGGUGGCAGAAAUCCUACAUUGCUGUGCACUAUGCACUUUAGUACUGUACAUGGAUGUGUGACAUUGUUGUAGUGAAGUCUGGCGAGUUCUGCUGUUCCAUGUUGAUAAAUGCAUGUAGAUGGUUUAGUCUUUGCUUGUGUGCAGAUGUUUCUGGUAUUAAACCUGCAGUUUUGUGUGGAUCAUAUUUAAAUAUUAA